AUGGAGCAAUACUCCCCUCCAAAAGGGGGACCCGCUUCUCCUAUCGCGUCUCGCGAGCCGCGACUGCAUCUUCCGUCAACGACUGACCCCCCAGGCCCACAGAAUCCCCCCAAGCCCCUCGUAUGGUUGAUCUUCGGAGCAACAGGCCACAUGGGCCGCUCUCUGGUCAAAAAUGCCCUAUCCCGCAACGACCUCGUCGCCGCCGUGGGCCGUACGUACGAGAAUAGCCCCGAAUGCAUGAAAGAGCUGGAAGCUGAGCACGAAAACUGCCUCGGCCUCCUCUGCGACGUGCGCGCCCGCGAAACAGUCAAGCGCGUCAUCGACCGGACAAUCGCACGCUUCGGCCGCAUCGAUGUAAUCGCCAAUUGCUCCGGCUACGGCGUGAUCGGCGCCUGCGAGGACCAAGACGAGUUCGACAUUCGCAAUCAAUUCGAGACAAAUUUCACCGGCACGUUGAAUAUGAUUCAGCUGUCAUUGCCGCAUUUUCGGGAACGGCGCGCCGGUCGGUAUUUGAUUUUCAGCUCGACGUCUGGUGCGCUGGGUGUGCCGGGGUUGGGACCUUAUUGUGCGUCCAAGUAUGCGGUUGAAGGGUUGAUGGAGAGUAUGCUGUAUGAAGUGGAUAGCUUCAAUAUUAAGGGGACGCUCGUUGAGCCGGGUCAUAUGCGCCGCGAUGAUAUUGGUGAUUUGGUCUCCCCAUCCAUCAUGGCUGCUAACUCCUCCGAACACAAUCUCUCCUCGCCGCUGCCGCUGUACGGACAUUUCUUGGUGAAACCGCCCAGCGAGCCGUAUAACACCCCGACAUCCCCCGCGGCACAUGCGAGACGCAUGCUAAUGUGGCUGGGGGAUAAGCAGCCUGCUUCAGCAGUCAAGGCAGCCCAUCUUGUUUGGGAGCUUGGGCAUUGCUCGUACCCUCCGUUGCGGUUGAUUCUGGGGACUUAUGCGGUGGAGAGUAUUCGGGAUCGCUUGAAGUGUAUCAUUGAGGAGAUUGAGGAUUGGAAGCAUCUCAGUUUCCCGCUGGGAGAGACGCAGCCUGUGGCUGGGAAUCGGGACAAGUCUGUGCCUGCUGAGGGGGCUGAGGGCGGAACGGGGUGA